AUGCUCUCCUACAUGCUGCCAGUCGAGGAAAAAUCGCCAUCCGCAGCGGCUGCAGCAGCAACGCGUAAUCUAAGCCUCAACCUGACCACAACAACCGCGGGUACCGCAACCGGUGGUGUGAGUGGUGUUGUCGGUGGUGCCGUAUCUACCGGUGGUGCUGCUGGUGCUACGAUCGUGCGCGAGUGUAACGCUGGUUCCGGCUCCGGCCCAACCACCGCGAGUACGUCCAGCGUCGCCCAGGUGCGGUCCAUCAUCAAGCCAACAAUCAAACACGGUGCAACACAUCGCUAUCAGCUGAUCGGUGGUGGAUCGGAUAGCAAACCGCACGGUGCUGGUGGUGGUGGAGCCGGUGGUAGUGCGGAUAGCCGCCAGGCGCGUGGCUGGCAGGACGAACCGGACGGUGAGGCGGACCUGUGCGACGAAAGCACCAACCUGCUGUCGGCCGGUGCCGAGGACGAGGACGACGACGAUCGGGAACCAGCCGGCGAUCGGUCGCGGCGCGUCGGCCCGGUGAAGAGUGACAAGAACUUCAACAAUCUCAUCCUGGUGACGAACGGUCGGCAUACGAAACCGACCAACGGUAACCAUGCGGGCCCAACACCGAAGCUGGCCAGUGUACUGAAACCGACGAACGGUGUCGGUGGGUCCGGUCCGGUACGGCCGGGCAGCAGCAACAGUGGAGUCGCCCACAUCAACAGCGGCGGUGCCUACUACAAUGGCUACAUAGCCGUCAGUGGCGAAAACGACGAUGAGCACCAUCGGCUGCUGGUCAGUGCGAACAAUCUGCGUAAUACGAGCGGCGAACCGCGCCAGGAGUGGAACAGCCACAGCCGAAACGGUGAGGGUCCGGGCGGACCGGCCACCACCGAUCCACCGCGGUCAUCUUCCACCUUUACCAGCACCGUGCGCACCAACGGCAACUGCCGCACGAUGAACAGUCUGAACGGGAACCUGAUGGGGUCGGAGGCAGCCCCGCCGGUGGUGGCCCCGUUACCGCUGGAACCGUCCGACAUUGGGAGCGGUACGGCGGACGCCUCCCUCGGCAGUGAUUCGGACUCGGCAACCGGGGCCGGCGGGUCCGGUUCGGCCACCACAGCCGGUGGCGGCAAGAAGGUGAAACUGAACAAGCUUGGCGGUAACAAGAACGUCACACUCAAAAGAGUAUCGUUCGGCUCGUCCAAGGGUUCGAUGGUGGAAACGCUCGUGUUCGAGACGCCAACACCGCUGCCGGAGCAUGCCGAGCGGGAGUUCUUUCAAUCGCCGGCCGUGCUGGCCGGUGCAGGACACACGACCGUGUACAGCGGUGGCAGUGGUCCACAUCAUCACUAUCCGGCGACGGGGCUGGCCGGGAUGCACCAUCCGCAUCACCACCCGCAUCACCAUCACCACCAUCAUCAGUACCAUCCGCAGUAUUCCGGAGGCUACCAUCCGCUGGACGGUGGAACGGGCACGGCCGGACCGCACGACGACAGCGGUAUCGAGCUGCAGGAAGAAGUAGAGCGCUCGAAGGUGCGUGUAUCGUUCUUCCAGAGCAGCAAACCGCAAUCAAUCAGUCCGCCGGAGUCGCUACACCUGUACGGUGGGCAAAGUUUGAUUCAUUUCGGCGGCGGCGGCACCGGUGGCGGCGGCUAUGAUAACAACAACUCACCGCUAGACACCUACAUCACCUCGGCAGCACUCAACCAGCAGUACGAUUCGCUGACCAGCCAUCAACAGCCGCACGCACACUUUCAUCCGGACCACCGGGAUCCCAACAUGGCGGCUGUCUACGGAGGUACCAAUGUGCCGCCGACGGUGUUUAACCGACAGAUGAGCACCGAGUCCGGCUGGGACAAUCCAUUCAGACCGGGCGGUGACCUAUCGCGGGAAGCAGAUGAAAUAGUCAAUCUGAUCAAAGGUGGCAAACCGAUCACACCUACCGGCGACCAAAGUUUAGUGAACGGCAGUACUCCUAAGGAUAGUCACAUCACCGACGACCCAGACACGACGGUUGUAGACGGUGCGAUAACAAAGCACGAGUCCUCGCAGCUGCAAGCGGCCCAUCAGAAUGGCACCAAAUCGCCCCACAAAUCGACCGGCACCGGUGCUACCGGGUCGCCUGCGCUGGGUGCGAAAAAUGGAACCACCACCGGAGCGGAUGGCAGUACGGUGAACAGCAGCACGACACCGAUCAGCAAUCAGGUGAUACCGGGCCCACAGUCCGCAUCGCACGUCGUGAUCGACGAGAAGAAAAAGAAAAAGUGCACCUGUUGCGUUAUACAGUAA